AUGAUUCCACUAGUAAUUUUCCAAAUUAUAAUUUGUAUUUUGUUGAAUGCAACGAAUGGAGUCGUAAUAAAAGUCGGACAUUUGCUCCCUCAAAAAUUACAAGUGCAGCAUGAACCCGAAGUUCUUAAACUUUGCGUUAAAGACUUGGAAAAAAGGCAGAUCCUUCCGAAAAAUAUAUCUUUUGAGAUCAUAACGAAAGUAUCGUGUAUCAAAUUUUGUGGUGUUGAAAAUGCGGCCUAUUUGCACUUUUUAUACAAUGCUUCCUUAUUUUUGGGACCUGGUUGUAUCGAAGAAAUGACGGUUGUCGGUCAAUUAGCUUCACGGUGGAAUACACCAAUAAUUGCGCAUCUAUCUGGUGCCGAUUACUUAUCAAACCAUUCAAUUUUCUCUACUCUCGGAUCUGUCGCGUUAACUUCGGCACAUGAAAUGGCACGAGCCACCUUUUCUCUUCUCCAUUUCUAUGGCUGGAAAAAGAUAGCGAUUGUCCGACCUGUCGCAGACUUUGAGAAACUUUCCAUUCAUGGCCUUCGUUCAUUUACGAAGCAUGGUCUUACCAUCAAUGAGGAAAUCAUUAUCGACUCAGAUGCGACAGUUGAUGAAUUAAUUAGCAGCAAAACAUUUAAUAGUAUUCAAAGCGCUGCAAGAAUUUUCGUAGUGGAACUCGGCUUGGAUAUAUCAGCAUCAGUAAAUUUUAUUUUGGCAAUUCAUAAGCAAAAAAUGAGAGGAAAUGAUUUUGUAUUUAUUUUACCAUGGUUACAACAUAAAAAUGAAUUUUAUCCAUGGGAAAUUGUUAAAAAAUCGAACGGACAUGAAUUAAAGGAGGCUUAUGAUAAUACAUUUAUCAUAACAGCCAAUGGAUAUAAUAGAAAAUAUGUGAAAAAUUUCCAAACCAAAUUUUCACGUGAAACUGGCAUUACAAGUGAAUUUUUUUCAACUCUAGUAUAUAUGUCAUUAUAUGACUCGUUAUAUUUGUACGCACUUGCUGUUCGAGAUGCUUACGAUAUUGCUAAGGAUGAAGAUGUUUAUAAAGAUGGGGCCUUAAUUUGGAAUAAAAUGACAGGAAAGCAAUUCAUUGGUAUGACAGGACAAGUGUUAAUUAACCAUAAAGCUGAAAGAGUUCCAAGUUACACAACUUUUCUAAUAAAAAAUGGAGAAUUGCAAAAUGUUGUAGAAUUCGAAGCUAAACUUGGUGACUCAAGAUCGUGUCAAUUGAAGGAUGAGCAUUGUUCGCUACAUGUUCCACAUGAAUUACUAGUUAAUUACUGGCCAUCACCGAGUGGCGUGAUGCCACCAGAUUUCCCAACUUGUGGAUACGAUGGUGCUCUUUGUGACUAUACAAUAUAUUUCAUUAUUAGCGGUGCAAUACCUCUUAUUACAUCUCUAAUAAUAGCUGGAUAUGCAUUUUAUAGAAUACAAUAUAAUAGAAUGUUGUACGACAUGACAUGGCGCAUUUCACGGCACAGUGUAAAACUAUUGGAUGAAACAUGUGCUAAAUCACGUUCUUCAAUGGCAACUUCAAUCACAUCGCGUUCGAAGGCUGCAGGCCAACAGGCUAUAUGUGAUGGUGUACCAUUAACUUUCAUCAAGUUUAUUCAAUUAAAGAAUAUUUCGUUUUCGAAAAAUCAUUUGCGACUAUUAAAAGAGUUAAAAACGAUCGAGAACGACAAUUUGAACAAAUUUUAUGGUAUAUGUUUUAACCAACAAAAUGAAUUAUUCAUACUGUGGACGUUUGUACCUCGUGGAACUCUUGAAGACGUUCUUUUCAACUCCGAUCUGAAAUUGGGAAGGAAUUUUCAAGUUUCUUUCGCAAAAGAUGUUGUAAAGGGACUUUUAUUUCUACAUUCGUCUAAAAUAGAAUGUCAUGGCUUCCUUUGCUUGCAAAAUUGUCUUGUCGAUUCAAGUUGGAAUAUAAAAUUAACUAAUUAUGGUUUGCAUGCUCUGAUCAAUGAAAAAUUGGAUGCAAACGAUAUAAAACGAGUUGAAGAUGAUGAGAAUACAAUUAAUGAAAAUGCAUCUUUCAAAAAAUAUGUACAGCAAGCUCCAGAAGUAAUCCGAGUUUUGCUCACAACUAAAGAAUUACCAAAACCGACUCAAGCUGCUGAUAUUUACGCUCUAGGCAUGAUCUUAUACCAAAUUUUAUUCCGACUUGAACCAUUUUACGAACGAACGAGAGAAAAAUUACUGGAGAAAAUUGCUAUGUGUAGUGAAGAUGAUCAAUGCAUUCGACCUACAUUUCCAGAAAUUUCGUCAGAAGAGGGCUAUAAUCUUCAGUUACUUAGUGCUUUAGAGGCCUGUUGGCUCGAAUUAGCAGAAAUGAGGCCCACUGCAAAAAAAAUGAAAGUGAUCGUCAAUGCUAACCUAAAAUCUACAGAACGAGGAUCGCUUGUUGAUCAAAUGAUCAAAAUGAUGGAAGAGUACACAACGAAUUUGGAAGGGCUGGUUAAAGAUAGAACGGCUUUAUUGGAGGAAGCACAGCAACAAGCAGAUAAACUAUUGUAUAACAUGCUGCCGAGUGCAACAGUUUUAUUCUCAGAUAUUCGUGGAUUCACGAAGCUUUCGGCUACUUCAACACCAUUUCAAAUCGUUACAUUUCUUAAUAGUCUUUUCUCAGGAUUCGAUGCAAUUAUUGCUGAGCAUGAUGCUUACAAGGUAGAAACAAUUGGAGAUGCAUAUAUGGUAGUCUCGGGUCUUCCUAAAGAGAACGGCAAUUCACAUGUGCAAAAUAUUGCAGAUGUUGCAAUAAAAAUGAGAGAUUUCGUAGCCAAUUUCAAACUGGCGCACAAACCAGAUGAACAACUCAUGGUUCGAAUUGGAUUUCACAGUGGAUCAGUUGCAGCAGGUGUUAUAGGAAUAGCUGCCCCAAGAUAUUGUCUCUUUGGUGAUACAGUAAAUACAGCAUCACGCAUGGAAAGUACAGGCGUUCCAAACAAAAUCCAGAUCAGUGAACAGUCUUUUAAUUUAUUGCAUUGUUUUUUUCCACAAUUCAAGAUUAAUGAGAGAGGAAAAGUGGAAGUAAAGGGAAAAGGCGAAUGUAUAACAUACUUCUUAGAAGGUAAAAAUUAA